AUGCGUAUAUCCUGUUGUGCAAUUUUGAUCAAGAAUCUCAAAGGCAUGCGAGCUGCCUCUUGUGGAUCAAGAGAAGCAUACGAUGCUUGUCUUGUGUCAGAUUCUGGUGCUUACUGCUGUUAUUCUAAUAUCAUCGAAAUAUGUAUUGAUGUUACAUUGCAGGAAAAUGGGUUACUUUUUGUCCCCAAGGGCCAGGCUCAGAAUGCACAGGCACAAAUGUUUUCUGAUCCAAACAUGGCCAUGGAUAUGAUGAAGAAAAAUCUUUCAAUGAUCAUACCCCAGACUCUUACUUUUGCCUGGGUUAACUUUUUCUUUUCCGGAUUUGUAGCAGCCAAGAUACCUUUUCCACUGACUCAGAGGUUUAGGUCAAUGUUGCAAAAUGGUAUUGACUAUAGCACCAUCGAUGUUAGCUAUGUCAGUAGUCGCUCAUGGUAUUUUCUCAAUAUGUUUGGACUAAGGGGUUUAUUUAGUCUCAUUUUGGGGGAAGAAAAUGGUUAG